CGGGUACAGUGCGCUCGCACCUCGCCAUGUACACACGCUCGCGUGGCUCACAUGGCGCGUCGCCUGACGCUGCUUGCGCUGCUGGCGUGCGCGGUCGUCGCUCGCCGCCUACCUUCUUACUCCUCCUCGGAUUCGGAAUCGUUGGACCCGUUAAUAAUAUGGGACGACACCGAGGAGUCUUUCGAGACGACUCCUUUACCGCGCCCGCGUACCCCUAAACCGACCAAAGUGAGACUUAAAAAUGAUAAAACUGUAAACAAAGACUCAAUUAGUGAGAAUAAAAGUAAGAUAGUUAAAAGUACAACAAUCAACAUUGAAAGCCACACAAACUUCUUAGUGACUAAACGUCCGCCUGUUAAAGUGCAACAGAACCGACCCGAUUUGGCAACGGGGGUGCAGUACCAAUGGAUAGGAGGUUCAGCCCCAGAUGUCUAUCGCCAAACUAGCACUCGGCGUCCGACAGUGCGAACCAAGAAACCGACAUCAGCGCGUCGUCCAACCCCUGUGGCUCGCAGGACCACGAAGCCAAAGAAACCAACCGCAAAUAAGCAUAAGUCAUGCCCUCCUAAGAAAUCUGGAUGGUUAUCAGAGUUUUUUAACACAGAUAAAGUGAAGAAAACGCCAAAGAAGCAAACUAAGCCAGGUUGGUUUAUAGGUUUUAUUUCUAGUAUAUAUAAUUGGAUUACAAUGAAAACACCUUGGUUUGGAGGUGGGUGGACAAAGAAGUCAAAACAAAAACAAAGCACUACCACCACAUCGACAACCACUAACCCACCUUUAACAACUUCUACAAGUGGUUGGUUUCAAACGUUGCUGGACUCAGAACAAGACGAUGGCGCAUACGUUGUCAAUGAAAAGAAAAAGCCGGCCAAGACGUCGUUGAAGAAAAAUUACAAAGGUUUUCAACUACUGAGAGCGUACCCAGACGCUCAGUGGAAAGUCCGCGAGAUGCUAGACUUGCAAGAGGAGGCUCAGGGCUCGGACCUCAUGUGGUGGACUCCGCCCUCGCUAAACGGAUCAACCGACUUGCUGGUUCCACCAGACCUCCUCACCGACGUCAAAGAUCACAUGAAAUCCUCGAAAAUCGACUUUGAUGUAGUUAUUUGGGACUUGCAGAAAGCGAUAACAUAUGAAAAUCCCAGACUGUCAAAGAAACAAAGAUUGGAGUUGGAACAGCUGCGAGGGCACCCGAUGACUUGGCGUCGAUACCAUCGCUACGCUGACAUUCUGCGUUACUUGGAGUACUUGCAGCAUCUCCAUGCCGACCUCAUCGAGCUAGUGCCCUUGGGGCGAUCUUCCGAAGGACUACCAUUGGUAGCUGUGAAGAUUUCACUUCCAUCGAAUGAAACUCAAUCGGCGGGAACAAAAUCUAAGGAUCCUAAAAAGAAAUGGCAGUUGCGUUCUCGAAUGAAGCCGGCAGUGUGGCUUGAGGCAGGAGCACACGCCCGCGAGUGGAUUGCGCCCGCCGUUGCUACUUGGAUUCUCCACGCACUAGCUGAAGGCGAAAAGGGCCUAGGCGCAGAGCUCGACGUACUCAAACAGGCCGACUUCUACAUAAUGCCAGUGUUAAACCCAGACGGCUACGAGCAUUCCCACACGCAUGACCGACUGUGGAAGAAAACGCGGUCUCGGCUUCAAGACCAAUCUGAGGACUAUAAUAUCGGCUGGUUUCCAUGGAACUGGGGGCGCACAGACUGUGUUGGAGUGGACGCUGACCGCAACUGGGAUUACCAUUGGGGCGAAAAGGAUUCUUCACGAGACCCUUGUGCGGAGAACUACGCUGGACCCCAUCCCUUCAGCGAGCCUGAGACCAGGGCCGUCUCUGAGUUCUUGGCUGAGCACAGGGGACAAAUAAAGGUGUACAUAAGCCUGCACGCCUAUUCGCAGGCAUGGCUGGUGCCGAGUUCGCACGCUCACGCGCCGUUUGCCGACGAUGACAUGCUGGUGGAAAUGGGCAAGCUGGCUACCGCUGCGCUCGCUGAUAUGUACGGCACUAAGUAUCAGGUCGGAACCGCAGCCGAAAUUCGGCAGCCGGCUUCGGGAAUGUCGCACGACUGGGCAAAAGCGCGCGCCAACAUCAAAUUCGCCUACCACGUGGAUCUGCGCGACUCCUUCGGGCCCUACGGUUUCCUACUGCCUGGCUCACAGAUAGUAUCCACGGCCCGCGAGACGUGGCAGGCUGUCAAAGCUAUUGUAGAUAAUUUAAGCCCUGGAUCAUAACUGUCAUACUUACUAAAAGUACUAUUAAAAUAGCUUGUCAU